AUGGAACGGUGGCAAUUCGAUAUUCAAACUGAGGAAAUGAACGAAGAGGGUGAAAACUCGACCAGGCAGAAGGAUGAGAAGAAAAUAAAGCAAGAAAUGUCUGAUGUUAUUCGGCAGAUAACGGCUUCGGUAACCUUCCUCCCGUUACUUGAAGAACCAUGCUCUUUCGAUGUUUUGAUUUAUACCGGAAAAGAAACCGAGGCACCGAGUGAUUGG